AUGCUGUGCCGUCUCCCGGCCAGCCUAGGCACAGGACACUGCUGUGUCACACGUGGGCCACCGCCCGCGUGUAUGCUUUGCCUCACCUUGGCUAAAGCUCGGUGCGGGCAGGUCCCUCCCCUUGCCUGGCACGGCUGUCGGAGGAGGAGACAGGCACCGGCCGCCCUCCUCCAGGAACAGCAGCUGAGCCCGCCCGAGCCCAGCGGGCCCCCGACGCCGCAGCCCACCCGGGCCACCAGCCACCUGCCCAGCAUCCCAGGCUCCCACGGGCACAGGCAGAUCCCGUGGCUGCCCAUGGACCUCCUGGUGCUUGCUCUCCUCCUGGUGGGGGGACUGGAGGCAGGGGGCUGGCAGGAGCCUGACCUGAGCCACGGCUGCGCCCGUGGCAGCUGCUACCCGGCCACCGGGAACCUGCUGGUGGGGCGAGCCACCCGCCUGAGUGCCACCUCYACCUGCGGACUGGAUGGGCCCCAGGAGUACUGCAUUGUCAGCCACCUCCAGGACUCAGAGAAAUGCUUCACAUGUGACUCACGUGACCCMUCCCUGCCUGAGAGCCACCGCAUUGAGAAUGUCAUCUACCUGAGCAGCCCYCAUGACCAACGGACCUGGUGGCAGUCAGAGAAUGGUGUGGAGCAUGUUAGCAUCCGCCUGGACCUGGAGGGCGAGUUCCACUUCACYCACCUCAUCAUGAAGUUUAAAACCUUUCGCCCCGCGGCCAUGCUGGUGGAACGUUCAGCUGACUUCGGGCGCACCUGGAAGGUGUAUCGCUACUUUGCCUACAACUGCUCCAAGCUCUUCCCUGGAAUCCCCAACCAGCCCUCGGGGCUUGUGGAUGAGGUGCUGUGCGACCAACGCUACUCCGAAAUCGAGCCCUCCAGCCAUGGGGAGGUCAUCUUCAAGGUGCUCGACCCCUCCAUCCCCGUGGCAGAUCCCUACAGACCAGAAAUACAGGAUCUGCUGCGUGUCACCAACCUGCGKGUGAACCUCACCAAGCUGCACACGCUGGGGGACAACCUGCUGGACUCGCGGCGGGAGGUGCUGCACAAGUACUACUAUGCUGUGGAUGAACUGGUUCUGCGUGGGAGCUGCUUCUGCCACGGCCACGCCGCCCACUGUGCCCCAGCACCGGGCGCCCCAACACCCUCUGUCCCCGGCAUGAUCCACGGGCGCUGUGUCUGUGAGCACCACACGCAGGGGCUGAACUGUGAGCGCUGUGAGGAUUUCUACCAAGACCUGCCCUGGCGCCCGGCCGAGGGCUCCAGCACCAACGCCUGUCGCCGCUGUGAUUGCAAUGAGCACUCGCGGCGGUGCCACUUUGACAUGGCCGUGUUCCUGGCCACYGGGAACACCAGUGGGGGUGUGUGUGAUGACUGCCAGCACAACACCAUGGGUCGCCACUGCCACCUCUGCAAGCCCUUCUACUAUCGGCACCCUCGAUCUGACAUCCGCUCCCCRACUGCCUGUGCCCCRUGUGAUUGUGACCCGGCAGGCUCGCUGGAUGGGGGUGCCUGCGAYGGGCACACGGAYGUGGCGCUGGGCAUGAUUGCRGGGCAGUGCCGCUGCAAGGAGAACGUGGCUGGUCCCCGCUGUGACCGCUGCCAGCAUGGUGCCUACGGCCUCAGCCAUGGCGACCCACAGGGCUGCCAGCCGUGCAGGUGUGACCCGCGGGGCACAGUGGCGGGCAGCUCCCCGUGUGACCCCAUCAGUGGGGACUGCUACUGCAAACGCUUCGUGGCUGGGCGCUCCUGCAGCCAGUGCGUGCCCGAGUUCUGGGGUCUGAGCUACGACCUGGGGGGCUGCCGGCCCUGCGCCUGCGACUUCGGGGGAGCCUACAACAAUCGGUGCUCUAUGGAGGAUGGUGCAUGUUCCUGCCGUCCCCACAUCAUGGGGCGGCAGUGUGACCAGGUACAACCCGGCUUCUUCUGUGCCCCYCUCGACUACUACACCUAUGAGGCCGAGCAGGCCACCGGCCAUGGCCCCAGCCACCCCCAGCUUCCGGGUGCCAUUCGUGCAGAGGUGCCCCAGGACUGUCUGGAGUAUGACACCAGGGAGCCGGGGGGGCGGAAGGGACGCUCACAGCAUCAGCGCAGCCCCCCUCGUGCCCCCCAGCCCCGUGUCCCCUCGCGCCGCAGCCGCCAGCAGCCCCCCAAGCUGGAUGUGGAGGAGGUGGUGCGGGACAGUGCUGGGCGCAUGGUGACGUGGACAGGCUCGGGGUUCGCCCGGGUGCGGGACGGGGCUGGCCUGACCUUCCGUGUGGACAACGUGCCCUACCCCAUGGACUAUGAGCUGCUGCUGCGCUACGAGCCCGAGUCAGCUGAGGACUGGGAGGCCGUGGUCAGUGUCAGCUCCCGGGUGCUGCCCACCAGCUCUCGCUGUGGGAACCUGCUGCCCUCUGARCAGAUGUACCGUGAGAAUCUGCCCCAUAGCCAGAGGUAUGUGCUGCUGUCCCGGCCCUUCUGCUUUGAGCCCAGCACCCCUUACGAGGUGACCAUGCGGCUUCAGCGGGCCGGUGUCACCCAGCGCCACCCCGGUGCCUUCAUCCUCAUCGACUCGUUAGUGCUCCUGCCGCGGGUGUCGGAGCUGCCGGGCUUCCACGGGGCAGAGGCAGCAGCGCGCCAGGARGAGAUGGAGCGGUACCAGUGCCUGGAGGUGUUUCGCAUGCCCCCGCCUCAUCCCCUGGCCCAAGCCUGCGCCCGCCUGGUCUGCAGUGUGUCAGCCCUGAUGCACGGCGGGGCACUGUCGUGCCAGUGCGACCCACAGGGCUCCCGCAGCAGUGAGUGCCAGGUGCAGGGCGGGCAGUGUGACUGCAAGCCCCAYGUCAUCGGCCGACGCUGCGACCGCUGCGCCCCGGGCAGCUACGGCUUYGGGCCCCUGGGAUGCAGUCCUUGCGCCUGCUCCCCGGAGGGCUCAGUGUCCCGGCUGUGUGAUGUGGUGAGUGGGCAGUGUCGGUGCCAGCCUGGUGCCGUGGGCCGGCAGUGUGACCAGUGCCAGCCCGGCCACUGGGGCUUCCCUGCCUGCCGGCCCUGCCAGUGCAACGGGCACGCUGAGAACUGCGACCCCGGGACGGGCACCUGCCUGCACUGCCGCGACCACACGGAUGGACGGCACUGUGAGAGGUGCCAGGAUGGUUACUAUGGGAACCCUGUGCUGGGCUCAGGGCAGCAGUGCCGGCCCUGCCCCUGCCCCGGCUACCCUGGCACACGGCAUUACCACGGGAGCUCCUGCCAUGCUGACGAUGUGACUCACCACAUCGUCUGCCUCUGUGCCCCUGGAUACGCAGGGCCCCGCUGUGACCGCUGCUCCCCUGGUUACUUUGGAGCUCCAGAGGUGGAGGGUGGGGUGUGCCGGCCUUGCCAGUGCAACAACAACAUCGACGCCAGCGACCCGGAGGGCUGCGACCCCCGCACGGGGCAGUGCCUGCGCUGCCUGUACCACACCGCCGGGCCACACUGUGCCCAGUGCCAGCCCGGCUACUACGGCAAUGCCCUGCAGCGCAGCUGCCGGCGCUGCAGCUGUGACCCACGGGGUACASUGGCCUCCCACUGCACCGAUGGCACCUGUGCCUGUGACCAUGGCACAGGAGCCUGCGCCUGCCGGCCCAACGUCGUGGGCAAGAGCUGCGAUCGCUGCGCACCCCACUUCUGGAACCUGGGGGGGCUGCGGGGCUGUGAGCCUUGUGGCUGCCACCCCACACACGCCUUGCACCCUGCCUGCGACACAGUGACCGGGCAGUGCCAGUGCCGGCCUGGCUUCGGGGGCCGUAUCUGUUCUCAGUGCCAGGAGCACCACUGGGGAAACCCUGAGCAGGAGUGCCGAGCCUGUGAAUGUGAGCCGCUGGGUGCUGAGAGUCCACAGUGCGAGCAGGACAAYGGGCAGUGCCGGUGCCGGCUGGGAUUCGGGGGGCUGCGCUGUGACCGCUGCCAGAGGGGCUACCAGGAGCCCUUCCCCCACUGCUCACCCUGCCACCCUUGCUUUGGGCGCUGGGACCUGGCUGUGGGUAGCCUGCAGGAUGGGCUGCGGCGCCUUGGGGCACAGGUGMAGGUGCUGAAGGAGGGGGGAGCCACACUCCCACUCAGCCCCCGUCGCCUGCGGGAGCUGGAGGAGGCUCUGGGGCACGUGGAACUGCUGCUGGGAGAGGGGAGCAACCCCGGUGGUCCCCUCCUCGAUGGACUGCCCAGGCAGCUGGAUGGCACCAGGAUGGAGCUGGACAACUUCUGGAAGCACCUCCAAGAGCUGGAGCAACAUCUAGCCCAGCUGGCGCAGGCAGAUGUGCAGCAYCAUGACCGGCUUGCUGGGCUGAGCCGCCAGCUGGGAGGUCUCAACCGAACCGCCUCCCACCUUCAAACCCUCCUGGGCACCGUGGCGGCAGCCGGAUUCAGCGAGUCCCACCGCAGCAUCCUGGCGGCGGCGGAGGCCUCGCGGCAGGCGGAGCUGGUGGCCAAUGGCACAGCCGCUGAGCUGAGUGGGGCACAGAGGACACGGCAGGAGACCGAGCGGGUGCUGCGACAGCGGGGCAAUGCUUUCCGCCGUGGUGCAGCUGCAGCCCGCAAAUCCUUGCGGGAGGCACGGAAACGGGUGAUGGGACUCARCAUUGCCAGGAUCAAUGAGAAGAUUUGUGGGGCACCCGGAGACCAGACCUGUGAGCUAGCAUCUUGUGGAGGAGCCUUGUGCCGGGACAGUGCGGGGACACGGCGUUGCGGUGGCACGGGGUGCACGGGGGCACUGCCUGUCUCAGCUCGAGCCCUGAGCAGCGCCCGUAAUGCCUCGCAGCAGCUGGAGGUGGCAUUAGGGCAGCURGGUGUUGUGGCUCAAAAGGUAGGGCUAGUUGCCCCAUGGCACUUUCUGGGUUCUCCUUGCAUCCCCUUUGCAUGUCCUGCUUGUGCCCUUUCCGUAACACUUUGCAUGAUCCCCUUCUAUGUCUUCUUUGCUCCCUUUCCAUGUCCCCAAGCAUGUCAGCUCUCUGUAUCUCUCUUAUGCCCCUUCAGAAAUGCCCCUUGUGCCACCUGUGUGUCCCUUUGUGCCACUGCUGUACCCUCUGUCCCCUUGCACCCCCCCCUCGCAUGCUUUUUUGCAGGCCCCCUUCUUGUCCCCUCAUACUCCCUGUUCACCCCAAAUGCCCCCUCCCGGGGCUGCCCUGCACCCCCCGCUCAGCCMUGUGCCCCCCAGAUGCAGGAGGUGCAGGAGCUGGCCCGGGGGGCACGGAGCCGGGCAGAGGAGGCUCUGGGGCGCUCGCAGGCUGCCCGCAGCCGUGCAGAGAAGGCGACGGCCCAGCUGCGGGACUUCAUCCGCCGAAUCAAGGCCUUCCUGGCAGAGGAGGGAGCUGACCCGGGCAGCAUCGAGCUGGUGGCCCGGCAAGUGCUGAACAUCUCCCUGCCCAGCAGCCCCGGACAGAUCCAGGAGCUGCUGCGGGAGAUGCAGGAGAGCAUCGGCCAGCUGGACGGGGUGGAYGCGGUUCUCAACAGCACAGCGGAGGGGCUGGCUGCGGCACAGCAGCUGCUGGCACAGGGACAGGAGGCYAGGCAACGAGCAGAAGGCAUAAGGGACGAGCUGGCGGGGACACAGCAGGCGCUGGAAAUGGCACGGACACAAGCGACRACGGCAGGGAGCACCCUGCAGAGCGCCAGGAAUGCCAUCCGUGGGGCUGAGAACAGAGCCAGRGAGGCGGAGCGCAGGCUGCAGGGGCUGGACAGGAAGGAGUCACAGGUGCAGAGGCGGCUGCGGGAGCUGGCACAGCGCAUAGCCGCCCUGCAGCAGCGUGGCCAAGAUGCUCGCCACAUGGCCCAGCAAGCCAAGGAUGGGGCACAGCGUGCCACCACUACCUCAGGGACACUUAGCCAGGACCUGGCGCAGGUGACACAGCGUUAUGUGGUGCUGAAGAACCAGGUGGGCAUGCUGGACAGGGUGUCUGGUGGAGCCCUGCAACGUGUGUCACAGCUGACAACAGAGGCCCGAGACCUCCUGGAUAAGGCCAGCAACAGCAAGAGGAAGCUGGAAGACCUGGAGCAGCGCUUUGGGGCCAAUGAACGSGCAAUGGCUGCAAAGGUGACACGACUGCAGGCUUUGGAGCAGCAGGUCACCGGGCUGUUGCAGGAGAUCCGGGAGAGAGCCAACGCUUACGCCACCUGCUAGG